GAAGAGGGCAGCACACAAUUCUAACCUCGAGCGAAGACCAUCAGGAGGACCAAGAUCACGACGAGGACCAAUUUGACUUCAUUUUGGACGAUGCGCCGCCUCCUCCGCCUCUCGACAACAUCGCGCCCGUCCCUGCGCCCGUUCAGCCUGCCCCUGUCCCGCCCCAGCCUGCCAUCGUGCCAGCGCAGCUUGCCCCUCUCGCUCCUCAGCAUGCUCUCGUCGCUCCAACAACAUCGCCUCGCCCUCCCAAGCGCCGGUGCGUGCAACUGCACCGCCUCGAUGCACCUUUGGGCGCUGGAAUAAUGCGCAGCUCGACCGUGACCACGACGUCUACGUCACGCGGAAGGCAGCUGAGCGGGCAGCAAGUAAGGCGAAGAGGGAGAAGGAGAGGCUGGACAGCAACAA